AUGUCUUUUUUUGGCAGUUUGGGGAAAACAAGCCAACCUACUCGCGAAACUGUUGAUACGUCAGGAUUGCCCAACUAUUCGUAUAGUUCUUUACUUGAAAAAGACGAAAUUGGGGAAGGUGGUUUCGCGGUUGUUUUUACCGCGAAGCUGCCGGACAAUGGAGCUAAGAUUGUUGUGAAGAAGCUAUUAGCGUCUGACAAUGAAGCUAGGAAGUCGCUGGUUAAAGAAGCACGACUUCUUAGCAAGUUGCAACAACCGAAUUUUGUCAGGUUUGAAGGAUUUUGUCUGGACAAGUACGCUGUGUUGCUUGAAUAUGUGUAUUUUGAUUUUACGCCAAUCGGAAACGACGGCAUCACUGUGCAUAGCUUAGCCAAUUUCUUGGCAGUUUGCAAACAAUCAGAUUGCCAUGGCAUGCAUUGCUCGAUAUUUAUUCAUUCUUCCUUGGACGUCGCGUUGGGUUUGAAGUAUCUGCACGAGAAAGGGAUUGCCCACCGUGACCUGAAACCUGAAAAUAUAUUGGUGUCUAACCACCAUUACAAUCGUCUCACAGAUACACGAGCAGUCGAAUGCAUGGCUUCCAUUAAGCCACUCAUAUGUAAGCUGACGGACUUUGGUGAAAGUCGAUCAAAAGAAAUCCACACCGAGCAAAUCCUAAAAUCGAAGACCGCACGGGUAAACCGAGGUGAGACCACUUAAUUUAAUAACAAUGUUUGAAUCUUGUCGAUCUAAAGGCCAUGUUAUAGGCCAAUGGAAUUAAAUUAAGGUAUCAGUUUACCAACACCCGCCCGCGUCUACUUUUGACAGCUGCGUGAAAUUUUCAUUAUUUUAUAUUUUCUCAUUAUUUCCAUUUCCCCCAAUCUUUAUAGUGUUUGAUAAAGCUAUUUUAUGCAAUACAUCAAAAUUCACUUAACAGAUGCCUUCGGAAUUGGUUUGAAAUAAGUCCACUGUCCACACGUUCUGGAAGUGUCGGGAAAAGCUCAUGGUUGCGUUCCAAAAGUAUAGUUGUAAACACACCUUUUUUCCACCAUCCCUGAAAUGAAUAAUUAUUUUUCUUAAUUUCGGUAAAUAACCUUCGAAAGUUCAGCUGAUGGCAAACUGAUACCUUGAUAAUUCCGGCCGUUGGCAUAAAUACAGCUGGAACACUACCUUCAGAUUUUAGGGUCAUUGGUAAAGUGAAACCAAAUUUUUUACUCGAAUGACUCCCAAAGCCCCGCGACAUGUGUCUUGACCACUCGGUCGCGUUUUUGCCAUCAUGCCUGGUCAAAACCGAUAGUGGGAAUGAAGAUGCAUAUUUUGCAUAAAUUGCCUCGUGUAACAUGACCUUUAGAGCAAGCAAGUUUAUACGAGGGGCAGGACGGAACGUAUCAUUACAAGUAUAUUUAUUUCAUUUAUUCCGUGUGAUGCCUAUAAAAUCUUUAAAAUUACGAUAUGUUUUAAGUAUACUUGAUUUUGAAUACGUGCAAGUGUCAUAUAAAAAAUUGAUCAAAAUUGCCAAUAUACAAAUUUUGCUGGCCCAUAUCGGUCAACAAAGAAAACUUGCUGAAGCAAUAUGAGAAUUUGCAUGUGGUUAGCCAGCGGAAUCAAUAUUGUGGCCUUUUAUUGCGCGCUCGUAUUGCCAGCUUUACGAAUACAUUGGCAUUGCUGGCUGCUAAUUGUCACAUACUGGGUGUCUAAAAACCGCUAUGGAAAUUCAACAGGCUGUCGUGGAUCAUAAACUUCGCUAACUACAUUUCAAUUUUUACACAGGGCGAAAGAACAGUUAUUUAGCUUAUUACGAAGUCAAACCGGGACCAUUUCGUUUUGGUCAUAGUAUUAUCAUAUGGUAUUAUCUAAAAUAGAUGUUUACAUAAGACCGGGACGAAAAUAACUCAGACCGGUCUCAAGUCAUUCCGCCUGACUUCAGACCGGUGUCCCAGGAAAUUUGCCCCCCCCCCAAAUAAAAAAAUUGCCCCCCUCGAAAACAUAGACAUAGUUUACUUUAUCGCUAUAAACUAGUUUCAUAUCUCGUAUCUCUAAGAAUGGUUCUGAAAUAUUAUCGCUAUAAGGCUAUAUAAGCUCGGAAAUCGUGAAGCUUCUUCUAAAACCAAGAUCCUAAAGGUGUUUGUCAGUAUUUAUAGUUGGUUUGCAUAAUUUUUUUUUUUCGAAAUUCUUCAUUGCGGUCAAGAUCUAAAAGUUUGAAGGAAAGCGUAAUAAUAAUAAUGUGCUAGUGCAGUCACGCCAGACACAUCACACAUGGGUAUUUGUAGAGGACAACGUUAAUGCAUGAUGGCUUAGAUUUAAGCUAAGAACACAAAACGCUUUUAAAGAUAGAAAUAUUACAAGUUAUUUAGAUCUAUAAAUUGAACUAUUAAACAAUCUGAUUGUUCGCAAACUGCCAAGAAAUUGGCUAAGCUAUGCACAGUGAUGCCGUCGUUUCCGAUUGGCGUAAAAUCAAAAUACACAUAUUCAAGCAACACAGCGUACUUGUCCAGACAAACUCCUUCAAACCUGACAACAUUCGGGUGUUGCAACUUGCUAAGAAGUCGUGCUUCUUUAACCAGCGACUUCCUAGCUUCAUUGUCAGACGCUAAUAGCUUCUUCACAACAAUCUUAGCUCCAUUGUCCGGCAGCUUCGCGGUAAAAACAACCGCGAAACCACCUUCCCCAAUUUCGUCUUUUUCAAGUAAAGAACUAUACGAAUAGUUGGGCAAUCCUGACGUAUCAACAGUUUCGCGAGUAGGUUGGCUUGUUUUCCCCAAACUGCCAAAAAAAGAUAUUUGGCUUCGCUUGCCUCACAAACACAACCGUGCUGUGGCAGUUAAAGAUCGAAAGGAAGUUUCAUGUCAAAGUCUAUGUUGACAAAAGCUAUAUCGUAUUACCUUAAAUAGCCGUGCGCAAAUAUACAAAGUGGACAUUGUCACAUUGUCCUGUACUUCGCAAGCUUUGUGCUUUGCAAGAGCAAUUUUCAUAAGAAUUCAUCUUAAUAAGACUCGGCAUUUGGGGAUUAUAUGCAUGUCGCUGAUGCAGACAAUCCCUGUUUUAAAAUUGACCUUUUUAAGCAGAAGUACAGAUAAAAACUAAUGUAACCUAGCGUUUGUAAACAGCCUGUAAACUACUGGUUUCGUAUAUAGUUGGAAACUAAUUGUUUGUGAGUUUAAUACCAAAUCAUAUAUAUUAAUUAAUUGGACAUUUGACAUCGGCAAAGCGGUUUUAUAUCGGAAUCGUGCUGUCACAGUAAUGAGUAUUUCUCUCAACUUUAGUAUUGUUUACAUUUAUAAUUUAAUCAGAUUGAGAAAGAAUGCGCCUCGAUUACAUCCGACGAAACAGUUGGACUUUUGUUAAAAUACGACAUUGGCAAGUACGUUAGUAAAUCUUAUGUAUUAAUAUUUCUUCGUACGAGUUGUUUUAUCGCGUUCAAAUACUCACUCGAUUACGCGAUAUUUGCGCAAAUGAAAUUGGACCCGAGUUUAAGCAGAUGUCUAACGUAUUUAAUUAGAAUUUUCAGCGUUACAAAGGUUCGAAAACCCCCGCAUUUCCACAAUUUAAUAUUUUAUCAUUUUUUCGACAAUUUAUUACGAUUAAUAAUAGUCUUAAUUACAUUUCCUAAAAAACGCGGAUUUGAUCCCCCCCGUCCAUCCGCUUGUCCCCCCCCGUCCGUCCGUCCGUUCGCCAUCCGUCCGUCCGUCCGUCCGUCCGCCAUCCGUCCGUCCGUCCGCCAUCCGUCCGUCCGUCCGUCCGUCCGUCCGCCAUCCGUCCGUCCGUAUCCGCGUUUUAUCCUUACCCGUUUUAGAUGUACGGUUGAACGGACUUCGCCUUCGAUCUUGAGAUCUCCUGUUACUGUUCAUAUCGCGUUCACUUUGGUGAUCUUUCUUUAGGGCAUUUACUUCUGUUGUCAAGCCAUCCGUCGCGUUUGUAAGAGAUUUGGCUUGUUCUAAACUGAUUUCGUUGGCGCGGCAAAUGUCAAUGGCUUUUUGAAGCGUUAAAUCGCUUUCCCGCAAUAGUCUCGCACGUAAUUUAUCGUCAAUUAUUCCACAGACUAUUCGAUCUCGAAUUAACCCGUCGCAAAGGGUACCAAAUUCACAAGACUUAGCUUUCGUGCGCAAAUCUGUCACGUAUUGAUCAAUUGUCUCACCUGCUCUCUGAUUUCGCGUGCUAAAAACGUGCCGUUCGUAAGUUAUAUUCUUUCUUGGAUUACAAUACGCGGCAAACUUUUCCAUUAUUUUAUCUACUUUCAUGGCAUCGCCUUCGCUCGCCCAUGUGAAAGUGUUAUAGACUUCCAACGCAUUUUCUCCUAUCACAUGCAGCAAUGUAGACGCUUGAACUUUUGCAGAUUUUUCGCCGAUUCCACUCGCUACUAAAAACAAAUUGAAUUGUUGUUCCCAUUUUCGCCAGUUUUCAGCUAAGUUGCCUUCUAAAUGUAAGAUAUUUGGGGGUUUCAUGUAUUCCAUCCUGACACCAUGUAAUAUUGUGUUUGUUUAGACACACGCCAUGUUGAGUCUAUCUGUCCUUUAUCUAAUUGUCUCCUGCAUAUAUAUCUAUGUCCAUUACGUCAUAACUACUUAAUGUCAAUCAUCUACUUAUAAAUGUCACACAUACCUCUCACUCACACUUUACUCAAAAUCGGAGCUUCACUUGAGCGUGAGUGGUGUCUUUGAAUAGUUGGAGUGUGAGUGUCGCAUUAUACUAUGUGAGUGUGAGUGGACACUCAUUGAGUGGUGAGUUGUACUCAUUAAGAAUGAGUGUCCACUCAUUGAGUGUGAGUGUGAGUGAGCUUUUAGAAUACAGGCGUUAGGGUUAUUUAUGGAUAAUUUGGGUAAAAAUUGGCAGGAGCCUUAUGGAUAAUUUGGAUAAAUGGAUAAUUUGGUAGCAAUAAUUUGGUAGCUUAUUAGUAUUCUAUUUUGUGGCUAUCAAUCGGAGAAAAAUGUGAGCCGAAACCAUAGAAAUAAUAGACAUAGAAUGCGUGCUCCUAUCUUUUCUCAGUAAAAAUUUUGUCUCCACAAAAUGGCGGAUGUAUAAGGGCAUUUUUGUUUUCACUUUGGACACCGGUUACGUGGCCAAGCACGCAUUUCCACUUAAGAAAAAUUUCCACGAACAAACAAUUUUCCGAAAAUAUAAUUGUUAAAAGGUGAGAAUUUUUUUAUGACGGAAAAUUUGUGUCGGCCAAUCACAUUUUACAAAUUUUUCUUUCCGCGGAAAAUUUUCUUGAGUGGAAAUGGUCCUUAUGAAUAUCUCGCGUUGGGUAUAAAAACACCCACGUUCCAGAAAAUUAUCGUUGUGCAAUUUGUUGAGUGACAAACCUCGUGUGAUAGCUUUACAAAAUAACUGUUGAUAAGCCUGAACAAAGUUUAUUGCGAAUGCUUCUUGUUGGCAAGAUGUGAAUUUUUAUGUGUGUCAUUACAGUCUAAAUUUUAACAAAACAAUUUCCCUUAGGUUUGCUUCGGUGAAGGUCCAGAUGUCGAUCCAGACUCACGUGAUGACGUAGACGUCAUGUGGACCGUUGACGUAGCAGCCGAAUUUGUCGAGCAACAUUUGAUAGGAGUUGAAAACAGACCAAGUAUAGUUGAAUACUGCAUAUAUACAGUAAGUAUAAACCUUCACAGGUACUGGUAGACGGACUGUAAGUUAAAGACCCGAUCCUUAUCAUGAAAUUUCCGAGCAACGGAUACCUCAAAACAAAGGACACCAUUAGUAUAUUAGUAUAAAUAACAAACUACAUGCAUGAAAGCGUUAUCCCACGCAUACAUAUAUGUAGACAUGGAAAUUUGAAAACAUAUACUCAAAAAUCUGGCAAAACACUUGACUAUCACCGUAUCUUGCAAGCUUCUCUCGUGAUUGUCUGUCACUAUACGUCUAGAAAGCGGAAACCUCCAAACAUCGGACAUCAAGCUUUGGUCCCUAUAUAGGUAUUCAUUUAUACAGAGCUUGUACUGUGAUAACUUUAUAUUAUACAUAAGAAGGAGUUUAUAUAUUAAAGGAUUUUGACUAGCUAGAGGUGUGUUACUAAUUAAUUCAGGAAUAGAAGGAAACCGCAUUCCAUUAGAUUAGACUAAAAUCUAAAGCCAAGAAUGUUUUUACAGCCAACACCUGAUGGGACGUGUAUCUUGGACAAACAUCCUCGUUUCAAGAAUAUCAUUGUCGGAGUUGGAUUUUCUGGUUAGUAACUACUAAUUACUUAUAGUUACUCAU